CAGGCCCCUAAAUGUGGGCGCCGGGUCACAAUGCUCCUCUGUGCCCCCUGACAUAUGGAAUCCUGGCACUGAUGUGGCCCUGGAAAAUUCUCAGUGGCAAAAGCCUUCCAAGCCUCCAAGUCCCCGGAUGGCGUCCUCUGUGGCUCGUGGUUGAUUGUCGAGGACUCAGCCUACAAAACACUGAAAGAGACACAGCUCCAAGUGUGUGAACCAGUGACUGAGCACUCCAGCUGUCAGAGGGGCAGAGGGAAGAGAGAGCUGUGCACCAGUGAGCGCAGGAGAGAACAACAACAAACGCUUCCUCCGCUUUGAAGUGGACCCUAUCACCUUCUCACGCUCCGCUCCCCCCUCCACUGUCCAUCAGCAAGCCAUAAAUCCAGGCUCUCAUCUGCCGAUGUGCCUCUGAAGUUCAGGAAUGCCUGCGUGGGAUUUGAGGCCCGAUUACAGGCACUUGUACAACCACUGUCCGGGCCCGGAAUGGAACGUUAUGUGCAGGGGCUGCUGCGAGUACGACGUGAUCCGCUGUAAAUGCCCACUCCAGGGGACUCCGGUGGGCUACGCUGUGCCCUGCUGUCGCAACGCCAUCAAUGAGUGUGACCCCUGCAUUAUCCAUCCAGGUUGCAGUGUAUUUGAAAACUGUAAGCGCUGUAACAAUGGGACAUGGGGCCCCAGGGAUGACUUCUUCAUUAGUGGCAAAUACUGUGCUGAGUGUCGGCCCGGCUGGUCUGGUGGAGAUUGCAUGAAGUGUGGGGGAGUGAUCCGUAAACGACAGGGCCACUUGGUGCUGGAGAGUUACCCGAACAAUGCUCGGUGUGAGUGGACCAUACAGGUGGACCGUCCCUUUACCAUAGAACUCAGGUUUAUGAUGCUGAGCCUGGAGCUUCACCAUUCUUGUCGUUAUGACUACGUGGAGGUCCGAGAUGGUGACAGCAUCAACUCAGGUGUUAUCGGUCGAUUUUGUGGUAACAACAGACCCGCCCCGAUCCAGAGCUCUGGCAACAGUCUGCACAUACUCUUUGUGUCUGAUGGUUACAAGAAUUUCGACGGAUUCUUCGCCACUUUUCAAGAAAGCUCAGCUUGCAGCUCCUCUCCUUGCCUGCAUGAUGGGACUUGUAUCCUGGACAGUUCUUAUACUUACCACUGUGCCUGUCUGGCUGGCUACACGGGCAAGAGGUGUGAAAAUGUGCUGGGAUGCCGCAGGCCUCCGGUGCCCUCCCAUGGAUUCACCGAGGGUCUGUUUCACCACUCAGGGGCACGCAUCACUUUUCGCUGUGAUCUUGGGUUUGAGCUGCGGGGGUUUCGUUCUGCCAUCUGCCUGAGUGAUGGCACUUGGAGUGCACCUGCCCCAGAGUGUGUGCCAGUGGAAAGAGUCUGUGCUUUACCUCCCAAGCCAACACAUGGGGACCACUUCUUGGUUUAUGGACCCAAUGAUGUCCUGAUUGCGCUGCAGUACCUGUGCUACCAACCCUAUGAACUCAGUGGGACCUCCCAGAGAACCUGUCUCCCUAACAACACCUGGAGUGGAACUCCUCCUGUUUGCACCAAAGUGAAUAAUACUCUCACUGAAGCAGAAAAGGACAAAGACAAGGCAAAAGAGUCAGAAAAGGGCAAAGAAAUAGAAAUAUACAGUGACAAAGAUAUCAACAAAGCUAAAGAGAAGAGUCAAGAGAACACUACCGGAGAAAAGGAAAGUACUAGAGGGGAAGAUAUAAACACUGGGCAUGAGAAUACAACAGCAGUUGACAGAGAAGAUAAAUACACUGGGACCAUUCCAGAGAAACCUGUGGCCGAGGAUAGGAAUGAAGGAGUGCUAGAGGAAAGAAAUACUGCAUCAGAGAAACCCACUGGAAGCAGCAAAGAUAAAGUGGAUAGUAAAGACCCAGAUAACAGCCUGAACACAGUUGAAAAGAAAGAACCAGAGGCAGCACUGCCACCUGAGAAAAAAGAAGGCAGCCCAGACAUAAACCUGGGCACAGGAAAGACAGAUAUCACAGAGAUAGUUGUAAUAAAAGACAAAGGGCAAGAAGAGAAGGAAAGAAAAGAGGAGCAGGUGAAUGGAAAAAGAGAUCCAGACAAAGUGGGCCCUAACGAUACUAAGCUGAGGACUGUCAUAUCUGAGGGUGAAAACACAGUGGAGAUAUUUGAAUUGGAAAUGACAAAGAACAACACAGUUACAUAUGACACCAAAGACACAAAGACAGAAAAUAAUACCAUAGGUACUCCAGAGAAUGGGAGGAAAAUCAUUCCCACUAGAGUCAACAUUACACAGUACAGGGCAGGAGGUGAAGACGAUGGGAAACCAAAGGAAAAAGCAACAACUGAAGAGGAUAAGACAGAGAAGGAUCCUGCUGAGAAAACAAAGGAGGAGUUAGAUAGAGAGAAGGAGGAGAAAGAAAAAGAGAAGGAGAAAGAAGUCAACCAAAGCUUCACUGAGAAAAGCUGCCCACCUCUACCGCGUCUCUACCACGGCUACCACCAGGUAGUGCCAAGGUUGGAUCCUGAAACAGUAGAGUUCCUCUGUAACCACUCUUAUGCUCUCAGUGGUGAUACCCGACGUACCUGCCAGCCAGAUGGUACCUGGAGUGGCAAACAGCCCCUCUGUAUCAGAGCAUGUCGGGAGCCCAAAGUGUCAGAACUUGUUAUACAAAGAGUUCUGCCACCUCAGACACCAUCCAGAAAGACACCUGUACACAAGUUCUACUCCUCUGUGCUGGGCCGACAGCUCCAGUCUGAAGGCCCCACUAAAGGCCCCCCAGUGCUUCCCCAGUUGUCCCAGGGCUUCCACCACCUGUACACACAUAUACAGUAUGAGUGCGCUUCUCCGUUCUACCAGCACUCCGGCAGUCCUCGCCGCACUUGCUUGAAGACAGGGAAAUGGAGUGGGCGUCAUGUCUCCUGUUCACCAGUGUGUGGGAAGCAUCCAACCUUCGACCCAGAGAGGCCGGGAGAGGCUCACUGGCCUUGGCUGGCAGCCAUCUACCGCCGCUCCACCAACGGCAUGGAGACCAAGGUGACCAAGGCAGACAGCCUGGCAGGGUCCCUGAAGAAGGAUGGCGGAGCAGGAACUGGCAACCACAAUCGGGCUUCUGACUGGCAGCUGGUGUGCAGCGGGGCUCUGGUGAACCAAAGGAGUGUGGUGGUUGCAGCUCACUGUGUGACAGAGCUGGGGAAGGUGUACCCUCUGGAUGCAGCUAAGAUCAAGGUGGUGGUGGGGAAGCAUUAUCGUGAUGACCUCAGGGAAAGUAAAGGUCUCCAACAUCUGAGGGUGGCCUCCAUCGUAGUUCAUCCGAACUACGACCCCAAUAUUCUCGACUCUGACAUGGCUGUGGUCAAGUUACUGGACAAAGCAAGGAUUGGGGAGAAGGUCCUGCCCCUCUGCUUCUCAGAAAGCCCGGCAGAAGAGGUGACCUAUAGACAGGGGCUUGUGACAGGCUGGUCUCCACUGCCUGAUUCGAGUUUAGGCGCUGAUGAGAGGGUGAGGGUCGGGGUUGUUCACCUUGCCGACGUUGUCCCGUGUGAGCAGCAGUACGCUCGUAACGGCGUGCCGGUCAGUGUCACGGACAAUAUGCUCUGUGCCAGCCAGAAGCCUGACUAUGGAUCCUCUAACAUAUGUCCCUCUGACACUGGGGGAAUCCUCGUCCUCCCUGCCCUCUCUGACAACCAAGCCAGCAACAAUCAGAAGCCCUCUCUCAGCUUUACACAGGCGCAGGGAGAGAGCAAAGGGCUGUGGAGGCUCCUGGGACUGGUGAGCUUUGGUUAUGACCAAGGGGAGUGCAAUCCUGACCUCUACACAGUUUACACACGUGUAGCCAACUUCAGAGACUGGGUAGAGAACAAUAUGAAAUAAGAAUCCUACUGUCUGACUCACCUUGUUCCCCCUAUGCUUCAAAAAUAUUUAAAUGCCUUUAUAUCUUACUGUCCCCUCCCUUAUGUGUGUCCACUCUUCAAUCUAUUUGUCCUUUCUAAUCUUUUUUUUUUUUUGUCUCAUGCACAAGGGCAUUUUCUUACUAAAUGCAGAAGCAACACUGGACAAUACAGUGCUCUAACUGAAGGGGGUGCUAACACAUUAGAUGUGCUGGGCAUCAACCUUUUAUCAGACUUCAGUGUUCAGGUCCCUCAGCCUGAGGUUAAAGACUUGAAAGUGACCAGAAAACCAUUUCAAGCCUCUGGCUGAUGCUGGUUUGUAUUGUACUCAUUGGUAUGUAUAUAUGUUGUAAUGUACUGAAUUAUUCUAUCAAUUCAUACGACUCCAGAGAUGUACAUAUUGUAUUGAAAGACAGAAAAAUGAUGACGUUUGUAAUUAAAGAAAAUGUUGGUGUGGUA